AUGGCUGUGAAUCAACACGUCUUCCACGUGACCAAGCCCCCUUUCCCCUCAGCAGACUCGGGGCCAUCUCUGGGGAGCCCCAUGGGAGAGCCCUUGGUGCAAUGCCUGAACUGCAUGGAGCAGAGUCUGAAGACCCGGGUGCAGCCCCCAGGUGUGCUACUGCACAGCUACGACCUUGGGGAGUCGUGUAACCUGUCUUCUGCAAAACAGACACAGGCCGCCUUCCUGGCUGGUUCUCGCUCCAGGGUCGGCGCCCCACCCCCGCGCAUCGCCGGCUCCUCCUGCUACGCGUCCGCCAGGUUGGGCGAGCUGGAGGCGCUGGUCCAGGAUGUGGUGAAGGCGAGCUCGUGGUGGGAGCGCCACGGCGUGGACUGCGCCAUCCUCGCGCUCAGCGUCCUCGCCUUGCCGGCCGGGUUCCUGUGCCUGCGCUCUGAGCACGUCCUGGUUUUCGCGGUGGGCGUCACCAUCUUGGGUGUGUGUCACUACACACUCACCGUCAAGGGCAGCCACCUGGCCACGCAUGGCGCCCUCACCGAGUCCAAGCGCUGGAGCAAGAUCUGGCUGCUUUUCUUUGUGGAGGUCUGCACGGCCUUCACUGCUGAAUACGCCAAGUAUGGACACGUCAAGAUGCACCACGCCUACACCAACGUGGUGGGCCUGGGCGAUUCCAGCACAUGGAGGCUGCCUGGCCUCAACCGCUACGUCUACAUGUUCCUUGCUCCUCUCAUGAUCCCUGUCAUAACCCCGUUGGUGGCUGUGGAGCGGCUGAGGAAGGUGGAGGGCUGGACAGCUGUGCGGACGCUGGGCCUGAUGGCCCUGGGCCUUUAUGGGCACUACUGGCUGCUCCUGAACCUGUCGGGCUUCAAGAGCCCCAGCUCGGCCCUGGCAUGCAUGUUCCUCACCAGGGCCCUGCUGGCCCACCCCUACCUCCACGUCAACAUCUUCCAGCACAUCGGGCUGCCCAUGUUCUCCCGGGACCACAAGCCCCUGCGGAUUCACAUGAUGAGCCUGGGGGUGCUCAACCUGCCGCGGCUGCCGGUGCUGGACUGGGCGUUCGGGCACUCCCUCAUCAGCUGCCACGUGGAGCACCACCUCUUCCCCAGGCUCUCGGACAACAUGUGCCUGAAGGUGAAGCCCGUGGUGUCCCGGUUCCUCCAUGAGAAGCAGCUGCCCUACAACGAGGACUCAUACCUGGCUCGCCUCCGGCUAUUUCUCAGCCGCUACGAGGAGUUCAUGGUGCAGGCCCCGCCAAUCACUGAGCUCGUAGGGGUGCAGUGAAGGCUGGUUGUACGGCCUCCCCUGCGCCUCUCCCUGGCCCAGCCCUCCUGGCCCUCCUGCUGCUGCUGGGCCCGGGGUGCAGCUUGGGGGCUGGUGUUGGACCUGUGGAGUCCUUGGGUGGGCAGGGAGCCCGAGGCCUCAUGUGCUGAGUCCAGGGGACACCUGCCCCUGCCCGGCUUGCUUUUCUAGGUCUUGAGGUGUCCGGGGUAAAGGAUUCAGGGUGGCUCCAUCUUCAGGUCAGUCUGGACCUCAGCCAGCUUCAUCUCAGGACCGACAGCGGGAUCCCUCACCCCUGUUCCACUGGAGUGUGACAGGCUAGGGUGGGGAUGAGGGGGAUGAGGAGGGAUCCUGUUCAGGGGCCCCUGGGAGAUAGGAGGGGGCACAGAGAGACAAGGGCCAGCCCCCUUGCCAGGACUCCCUGGUGCCAGGAGAGCCUCACUGCUCGAACCACACCCUUUGAGGCUCCCCAAGGCACCCUCUCCCCGGGACCGGGCCGAGGUUCCUUCUGGCAGGCCUUCCUAGUUUCUCAGCCAAAGAUGGUGUGCGGGACACUGGCUCAGCAGUUCCCAAGGCUCACCGUGUCAGGGGAGGCAUGGUGAGAGUACUUCGUGGGGACAGGGGACAGUCCCUCGGGGACAGAGCUGGGCAGAGUAUAAAUAGCUCUGAGCCUGACCUUGACCAGCUCUAGAAAAGUCUCGUUUGAGCCCUGGUUUGGAAGCGGUGAGCCCAGGAGAACUAUACACGGGGAGAGAGAAUUCUGGGAGGCAGCUGAGGCAGGAGGGGUCUGGAAACAGGGUCUGGAGGAUGAUGGCCUGAGAGAGGGGAGGUGGGAGGGGAGGGAGGGUGCAGAGAGAAGAGUGUGGAGUCAAGUGCCAGGCCCGGCUUGGAUGUGAAGGAAAGGCCGAAGCCUGGGAGUGGGGCCGGGAAUUACAGGGAACUGUGAUGCUGGAGGGGGAGGCCAAGGCUCUGGGGAGCACCACGAGGUUCAGCCCAAAGUGGGCAAAGCUGAGAGAGGGCUGGGAGCUCCUCCAGCCACAGGCUGGACGGGGGUGGGAGUGUGCAAGCAAGUGCCCAGGUGGAGGGUGCAGGAGGGACAGAAAGAAGCCGGGCCUGUGCUGGGAGGCCGGAGUAGUUAGAACAUGAGCCAGGCUUUCCAGCUUGGAGGUGGCGUCUGGUUGCGGAAGUGGUUGCUCAAGGCUGUCCUCGCUUUGUGGGAUGUUCACAGCAUCCGUGGCUUCUACCUACUGGCUGCCAGGAGCCCAAGUGGUGACAAUCGGAAAUGUCUCUAGGGGCCAGCAGGUGGCGUGGUGGUUGGGUGCCAGACUCCUCUAUGGUUGGCCAUGGUUCGAGUCUCAGACGUGGCAGUUGCUUUCUCACUU